GUGGCUGCCGCUGAGUGGCGGCGCCUGCGCAGCCGCCAUGUUCGGUUGCUAUGCUGCGGCCUGGGCGACGGGGUGUGCUUGAGGGAGGAGGAGGAGACGGAGGAGGAGGAGGAAGAGGAGGGGGGACGGAGCGUCUCUUGCACUCUCACACACAAACGCAGCCAGGCAUUGGCAUUGCCCGCCGGCUCGCGCGGCGCAGCGCGCUUUCCCGCUCCCGGCGGCCCCCUGUCAUUGUUCUCUCAGGACGCCCUGGUGGUUCCCCGGGGGCCGAGGCAGGGACGCGCUCGCCCUCGGCCGGAGGAGGCUGGAGCUUUGGGGGCCGGGCCCCCCUGGCCCCGCGGACCCCCUCCCCGCGGCACUCCGCCGGGGGUGUGCGCGCGCGUGUGGAUUAGCUCAUCCCGGCGGGGAGGCGGGACGGCGCGCCGGCUGCCCGCGUCGCUCCAGCGCCCGGCGGAGCUGGCCCGCCGCAGCCCCGCAGCAUGAGGUGGAGCCGGCGGCCCGGGGCCGUGGCGCGGCGGCUGCGGCGGCGGCUACGGCUGGAGGGCCGCUGAGGGCGCCCGGGGAGCGGAGGACGCGGCUCGCCCCGGCGCGCUCGGGCCUCCGGGCCGAGCUUGUGCAGCCGGAGGACGCGGCUGGAACCCGGAGAGAGAGGGAGAGAUUCACAGCACUACCCCUCCAUCUAUGGAGCUUACCUUGAUGCUGUGGUGCUCCCAUUCGCUGCUGGAUCUUGAACUCAGGCCCUCAGACCCACUGCUUGGCCAAGACAAAGAGAAAUUGAGAUGUAAAGAGGAGAAAGAGCACUGCCUCACUGUAGCACUGCCUCACUGCUCAUGAAGCUUGCCCCCUGCAGACCUUGUGUGGACAGUAAUGACCUCACGUUUCCGAUUGCCUGCUGGCAGAACCUACAAUGUGCGAGCAUCAGAGUUGGCCAGAGACAGACAGCACACUGAAGUAGUUUGCAAUAUCCUUCUUCUGGAUAACACUGUACAAGCUUUCAAAGUUAAUAAGCAUGAUCAGGGGCAAGUUCUGUUGGAUAUAGUCUUUAAACAUCUUGAUUUGACAGAGCGCGACUAUUUUGGUUUACAACUGGAUGAUGAUUCCACUGAUAAUCCAAGGUGGCUGGACCCAAGUAAACCAAUAAAGAAGCAGCUAAAGAAACUUUCAUUAAUUCUAGGAGGAUCUCCUUACAGUUUGAACUUUAGAGUCAAAUUUUUUGUAAGUGAUCCCAACAAGUUACAAGAAGAAUAUACAAGGUAUCAGUAUUUUUUGCAAAUUAAACAAGAUAUUCUUACCGGAAGAUUGCCCUGUCCUUACAAUACUGCUGCCCUUUUGGCUUCAUUUGCUGUUCAGUCUGAAUUUGGAGACUACAGUCAGUCAGGGAACCUGCCAGGCUACCUCUCAGAUUAUUCUUUCAUUCCUGAUCAACCUCAAGAUUUUGAAAAAGAAAUUGCAAAAUUACAUCAACAACAUACAGGCUUAUCUCCUGCAGAAGCAGAAUUUAAUUAUCUGAACACAGCACGUACCUUAGAACUCUAUGGUGUUGAAUUCCACUAUGCAAGGGAUCAAAGUAACAAUGAAAUUAUGAUUGGAGUGAUGUCUGGAGGAAUUCUGAUAUAUAAGAACAGGGUACGAAUGAAUACCUUUCCCUGGUUGAAGAUUGUAAAAAUUUCCUUUAAGUGCAAACAGUUUUUUAUUCAGCUUAGAAAAGAACUGCAUGAAUCUAGAGAAACAUUAUUGGGAUUUAAUAUGGUGAAUUACAGAGCAUGCAAAAAUUUGUGGAAAGCAUGUGUAGAACAUCACACAUUCUUCCGUUUGGACAGACCACUUCCACCUCAGAAGAAUUUUUUUGCACAUUAUUUUACAUUGGGUUCAAAAUUUCGGUACUGUGGGAGAACUGAAGUCCAGUCGGUGCAGUAUGGCAAAGAAAAGGCAAAUAAAGAUAGGGUGUUUGCAAGAUCCCCAAGUAAGCCAUUGGCAAGGAAAUUAAUGGAUUGGGAGGUAGUAAGCAGAAAUUCAAUAUCUGAUGACAGGUUAGAGACGCAAAGCCUUCCAUCACGAUCACCACCAGGAACUCCUAAUCAUCGAAAUUCUGCAUUCAGACAAGAGGGAACCCGGUUACGACCUUCUUCGGUUGGUCAUUUGGUAGACCACAUUGUUCAUAUGUCUCCAAGCGAAAUCUUUGUGAAUCACAGAUCUCCAUCCUCAACACAAGCGAAUAGCAUCAUUCUGGAAUCAUCACCAUCACAAGAGACCCCUGGAGAUGGGCAGCCUCCAGCUUUACCACCCAAACAAUCAAAGAAAAAUAGUUGGAACCAAAUUCAUUAUUCACAUUCUCAACAAGAUCUGGAAAACCACACUAAUGAGACAUUUGACAUACCAUCUUCCCCAGAAAAAUCUACUCCCAAUGGUGGUAUUCCACAUGAUAACCUCGUUCUAAUCAGAAUGAAACCUGAUGAAAAUGGAAGAUUUGGAUUCAAUGUAAAGGGAGGCUAUGACCAGAAAAUGCCUGUGCUCGUGUCCCGAGUAGCUCCUGGAACACCUGCUGACCUCUGUGUUCCUCGACUGAACGAAGGAGACCAGGUCGUGCUGAUCAAUGGUCGGGAUGUUGCAGAACACACCCAUGACCAGGUUGUCCUGUUCAUCAGAGCCAGUUGUGAGAGACAUUCUGGAGAACUUGUGCUUCUGGUUCGGCCUAAUGCCGUGUAUGAUGUAGUGGAAGAGAAACUAGAAAAUGAGCCAGACUUCCAAUACAUUCCUGAGAAAGCCCCACUUGAUAGCAGCCAUCAGGAUGACCAUUCCCUACGGGAGUCGAUGAUCCAGCUAGCUGAGGGGCUUGUCACUGGAACAGUCCUGGCACAAUUUGAUCAACUGUAUCGGAAAAAACCUGGAAUGACAAUGUCUUGUGCCAAAUUACCUCAGAACAUUUCCAAAAAUAGAUACAGAGAUAUUUCGCCUUAUGAUGCUACACGGGUCAUUUUAAAGAAUAAUGAAGACUAUAUCAAUGCAAAUUACAUAAAUAUGGAAAUACCUUCUUCCAGCAUUAUAAAUCAGUAUAUUGCUUGUCAAGGGCCAUUACCACACACUUGCACAGAUUUUUGGCAGAUGACUUGGGAACAAGGCUCUUCUAUGGUUGUGAUGUUGACAACACAAGUGGAGCGCGGCAGGGUCAAAUGUCACCAGUAUUGGCCAGAACCCACAGGAAGCUCAUCCUAUGGAUCUUACCAGGUCACCUGUCACUCAGAAGAAGGAAACACUGCAUACAUCUUCAGGAAGAUGACACUAUUUAACCAAGAGAAAAAUGAGAGUCGUCAGCUCACUCAGAUCCAGUACAUAGCUUGGCCUGACCAUGGAGUCCCUGACGAUUCAAGUGACUUUCUGGAUUUUGUCUGUCAUGUACGAAAUAAGAGGGCUGGCAAGGAAGAACCUGUUGUUGUUCAUUGCAGUGCUGGGAUUGGAAGAACUGGGGUUCUUAUUACUAUGGAAACAGCCAUGUGUCUCAUUGAAUGCAAUCAACCUGUUUAUCCACUAGACAUUGUAAGAACAAUGAGAGAUCAGCGAGCCAUGAUGAUUCAAACACCAAGUCAAUACAGAUUUGUAUGUGAGGCUAUUCUGAAGGUUUAUGAAGAAGGACUUGUUAAACCUUUAACGACAUCAUCAAGUAAAUGAGAAGAGUCAUGGGAGAUGUGGUGAGAACCACUUUCCAUUCUGUUCACUGUGCCAUAGACUGCGUGCAGGAAUUGGCAGCAAAACAAACAAACAAAAAAUGAAGAACUCACAAAAACUGAAAACUUCGGCACUGUUGCACUUUAUGUUAAAAAAAAAAAUUGUCACUCUCAAAAUCUCUGACUCGUGUGUUUGAAGAUUGUUCCAUGCUUCGCUCUGAUCAAACAGCAACUGAGUGUCCAGGAUGGUUGGUGGGGCAGGCGGCGCCGCACCGUCCCCUUUUCAGACAGCUUCACAAUGAGGCUGAAAGUUGUCGUCGUCUCUGUGACACACCAAGUGCGCGUCAGGAAGCACAUCUGAUGUUUCCCAGUGAUUCAUGUACUUACAUACUGAUGACCAGAUUCUAUUUUUUAAAUCGUAGCAAUAUCAUCCUCAAUAUUAGCCAGUACACUGCCUCUGGAUGCAGCACACCUUCCCUACACUGUCCCUGUAGAGACCUGCUGUUCACAAGAAGAAGGGUGGAACUUGCUCUCCCCAGGAAAUGCUGCACAGUGUCCAUUUACCAGCAUCUUAUGGAAAGGAGAAAGACGAAUCUACAAAUUUUCUUGGAUUUAAUAAUGUAACAUAUUUAUCAUAUAAGGUUGGCUUAUUCCAAAUCAUGUGAUUCAUAUACUUGACGUAAAGGAAUGCAUGCAUUGUGUCUUAACCCCUUAAGUGCCUUGAGACGUCUUUGUAUGUCUAAUGAAAAGGCACUCAUUUGACCCCACUAGGAGGUAUGUAUGUAUGUAUGUAUAUUGUACAUUUACAUUUUUAAUGCAUUUUGAAUCACUUCCCUUUUUAUUUUUAAAGUAGUUUCCUGUGUUGAGAACUACAAAGUCAAAGGAGGGUAAGGAAAUUCUGCUUCUUACUCGCUUCCUGUAUUUUGCCAUGAGAAGGAAGGAGAAUUUGUAUUCUACUGAAUGAGCUCUGCUGCUAUGGAUUGUCCAGUAUCUGCACAUGCCUCCCCUGAGGAACAAGGGUUAUAGUUGUUGCAGCUCAAGUUAAAAGCUGCUUUAUUCUGAUCUCUGGCUUUAGAAGUGGCAUCUAAUAUGCACAUAAAACUUAAACACGUUGGUGCUCUAUGCUAACGUUAGAGAUGAGUUGAUUAUGAUUUAUUUCUGGUACUAAAUCAAUACUCUCCAGCCUUCAUUUUAUUUCAGAUCAUGCCUUGUUCACUCUGGCCUCUUGGUUGGGAUACUUGCAACAAGCAGUGAAAUAUUAACUUUCUUCAGAUGUGAUUUCCACAUGCAAUCUCUUAAUAACUAAAAUGAGGAUUUUCUUGUCAUUUUUAUGCACAGUUCCUCCAAUUCAUAUAUACUGAUUAAGCUGUGGGCAUGUUAAUAGAGUUUUAACUGUGACUUAGAUGCUGGAGUAUCUAAUUCACUUUCAGGAUGUGUAUGUUUCACUUCUCAGAUUUCUUGAUUUUUGAGUCUAAGGAGAGGGCUAGAACUUUUGAUCUGCCCAGUUUUUUUCCCCUUUACUCUUUUUGAUAGAGGAUAAGAGACAGACAGAAAUGGGGAGACACCCGCAGUACUGCUCUUCUGGUCAUGAAGCUUCCCCGCUGCCCAGUUUUAAUGUAAGUGGAAAUUUGCUCACCAAUUGAAAGGUUAUACUAACCAAUUAUUUUAUCAAGACUAUAGUUAAAAUGGAUUAGUUUACUGUGGUUUCUGAAUAUUUCUGUUUAAAAUUUAAUAAAUUUGAAUUGAAUAGUCAAUAUUUAAAAGUUAAAUAGAUACUUUGGAAUGCCACUUAGUAUGAAGGUAAAUAAACAUUUUAAAAUCAUAAGUAAAAUCUGAAUGAUGUUAUUUCAUAUCUUAAAAUUCAUAGUAGUGAAUUUGGGGAAGUUCCUAAGCAAAAACAGAAUACCAAAUAACUUACUUUAUCAAAAUAUUUUAAGUUGUAGGGCCAGGUGGUGGCACACCUGGUUAAGCGCACACAUUAUAGUGUGCAAGGACCCGGGUUUGAGCCCCCAGUGCCUACCUGCAGGGGGAAAGUUUUGCAAAUGGUGAAGCAGGGCAGCAGGUGUCUGUCUGUCUCCCUCUCUAUAGCCCCCUUCCCUCUUGAUUUCUGGCUUUCUCCAUUCUCCACCAACAGAUAAAUAUAAAGCUGGCUACCAUGUAUGUAUCAUGAUGAAGUGAGAAACUAAGAAAUAAUGGGGGUCUACAGAAUUGAGAACUGUUUGGUAGUUCAUUUGCACCAGGACUUAUAAAGAAAAUAUGCUCUGCUGUAUGGACAGAAUAUAACAGCAACAGAUAAGAAGCUUUUGUUGUGCAGAUGGAAACUGACAAAUGCCCUGACUGCCGUGUUCUUUAGGUCUUUGUUAAUACUCCUGAGAUUACUUUGGCAAGAUGAGCUUGUUGGCAAGGAGCACUGCUGCCUUUCUAAUUAUUAAUGUCAGUCUUUAAAUAAUAACAUACUUAACAGAAUGACAUUUAAAUCCCUCAUGUAUGACUUGCUCAUGUGGGAACUACCCUUCUAUAUUUUCAUGUACAUAAAAUAUCCUAUUUUCAAAGGGCAUAUUUAUUAGCAUCUUAAAUUUUUUUUUAAAUCAUAACUUCUUGAAAUGAGUAUGCUAAUUAUUGCUUCUCUGUUCUCCCAGUAGAUAAGAUUUUAUCCAUUAAACCAAAGGAUGUUUUAGCCUGUUUAGCUAUCUCUGUUAGAUUGUCAAGAUAAUUUCUAGCUUCCAGACUCCAGCUAGUUUUAGGUUCCAGUCAUGUCAGUAUAGAUUACGUGAUAAAAAUGCCAAAUUCCUUAUACCUAAGCCACCCCCCACACACAGUCGAUGCUGACUUUUAUUCUGAUAAUUGGGAUGUUUUGUCUUAGACACUGGUGUAUCAGGAGGUUUUUGUGAGUGCUACGAAAUGUUUGUAUAAAGCUUCCUAUGAUUUAGGGUGGUUUUACCGUGUUCAUUUCAAAUGUUUUAUCCAGCAUCUCAUUUUUGUCAACAUUGUGUACACAGGAUAAAUAUUAUUUUGGAAUAGAAUUUGCACACAAUAAGAAGUGGUAGUAUUUGUUAAACCAAUGCAUCCAUUCAAAAUAAAGGCAAGGAGCAUAUGAAGUAAUUUCCCAGGUAUAGAUUGCUAGUACAAGUAGGGUAAUGGAAAGGGUUCAUCAUUUUGGUUGAGUUAAGCUAAAUUUUAUAUAUGAAAGCUGGCUGCAAAUUAUAAAAAAAUGUGUUAAGGCAUUGGGACAGUUGCUUGAGAGUUCCACAUACUAACAUGUACACAUAAAUAUUCUUUUAUGUGUUCAUUAUGUUUCAUAAAGGCUAAUGCUAAGAAACUGGUUAAACCAUUAACUCUACAAUUGUUAAUAAUCUGUUAGCGAGGCUGGUCAGGUCUAACCAAGUGUUUUAUUAAUUAAAAGUUUCCUAUCUCCACUAGAAGUUUGAGAACUAAAAAGAACUUGAAAGAUCUUACCCAAUCUCACCUUCUGCUAUUGGCAACAUGUGCGGUAGCAUAAAUCCUUGUGAAUUUUAGUCUACUUCAGCUCACUAGUUAUACUCAGGCAGUAUUUUCACCUCAGUAGGAUGACCUUAGACAGUGUCGCUUAAUUUAGAAAAUAAGUAGAAUUUUAAAAGUGAUUCUUAUUAGGACCCCUACUUAGUUUGUUACUUACUCAUAUUUCUCUAGUAAGACAUAAGCUUUUGUAAAGUAUUUAUGCUGAUAUACAUGCAGUUAAAAAAAAAAAGUUCUAAAACACAAAUUAGAAGACAAAGCUCUUAUAGAACUAAUACUUAGAGUAUGUUUACUUAUAAUCAAAUAAUUUACGUUCAUGUAAAUGUGUAGUACAAUUAAAGUAUUACUUGUGUUAAAAUAUCAGAAAGAAGGAAAAAAAUUAACAGUCGUCUAUUUAGUAUCUGUUUUGAAUAUUUAAGAUAAUCUAAUGGGUAAGUUUGCCAAAGUAGUUUUGAAUUCAUUAAGAAGUAUUUAUACCACAACAACGUGGCAUAUGUUUACAUCUCUUCUGUGUUGUAGUUCAGUUAAAUCUGCAUUCAAGUCACUAAGAGUACAUACAUUUUGAUAAAUAUCUGUUCUGAUAAACAUCUCUUAAUAUGACAAGACAAAGAUCAACUAUGCCACUGCUAGCUUUUCUGUAAGCUAUCAGAGCAACAAAGUACCCGUAUUAACAGUGCGUGCUUCCUGUGUUUGCUUCAGCUGUCCAACCACAGUGCAUGCGUGUGCGCAUGCGUGCUUCCUCCAAAUCAGUGAAAAGUUUUUUGUUUUUGGCAAAUAUCUAAAUUACUGAUCUGUUGGCAAAUAUUUAUUAGUGUCUUGGUAUGAUCACAGCACAAGUUGUAGCCAAGUGAUUUACAAAAUUCUUAGAAAAUGAUAUGGAUACAAAGAAAUGUAUACGAUAAAAAUAUUUAUGGGCUGGUUGCCAGCAGAUAGUUUUAUAAAGGGUCCAUGAAGUUGAUUCCUUAAUUCUGUAUUUUUAGGCUGAACUUUAAAUCAUCUCGAUUACUACAGUAAACAUUUCAGUGUUUGUAAAUAGAAGCAAACUCUACUUCAUUUUAACAACCCAACUGAAAUAGUUGUAGGUAGACAUAGUUCUAUUUUCUUAUCUAAAUUUGCUGCUAUUUAUUUGUUUUAUUUUUUCUAUUUUAUGUUUACUGUUAAUUUCUGAAGCUUUUUUUUUAAUUCACUGUUAUUUUUACUUCAGUAAUCCAAGCAACCAGAAAUAGUAACACUCUAGGUGCGAUCCAUCAGCAUUGACUAAAUAUGACUCAGUGCAUAAACAAACCAAAUUUUUUCUUAUUAACAGAGUGAAAGGUAUAAGCAAUGUUGCAUGUCUCAGAGGCUAUGAUUUUAAGAGGACAUUUUAUGCUUAGCUUCCUGAAGGUUUGAAGAAUUUCCAGUCUGAGAAUGAAAAUGUUUGAGAGCUUUGUGAUUGUAAGAUUUUCAGUUAAACACUGUAGAGCUUUCCUAUUGUGUAAAUGAUAUAAAAAUAUUUUUCUAUGGACGAAAGAUUGAAACUGUUAACUUUUACUUCAUGUUUAAAAAAUAUUUGUAUGUCCUUCAUGCUGUAAAGAAAAAUGAAUGUAUCUAUCAAUACUUGCUAGAAUUACAACUUAAUUCUAAAGAUAGCCUUUGUUUAAAAUGCCAGUGAGGCAAUAAAAAAGGAGAGAAGUUUUUCCACUCCAAGGUACAAAAAUAAAAUUUAGAAGAAUAAGGUUUUCAAUAUGAAUGACAGCAAUGGUUAUUGAAACAUAUUUCAAGUCUAACACACAUUCUUUGUUCAUUUGCUGUUACUUAGCCCUAGAUGAGGAAGUUCCAGGGGAAAGCACGCACAUCUUAUGUCUAAGUGGAAGAUGAUGAAAUGGUCAUCUUCUGGAGUGUGAGGGUGUUUGUGUGUGAGGGUCAGGGUUCUGCUGUAUAUGUUUGCCAUCAAGAAAAGUUCUCAUACUUUGUCACUCUAGCAGCCACACAUGAGGACAUUAUUAUAAGAGUGUGACAUUGGUAAAGUCAGAAACCAUGCCUAAGAUUUAUGACAGAAAUACAUGCGGAAGCCCCUGACAGAUUGCGAGUUUUCUCUCUCUAUUCUCAGUAUUUUUAGACAAAAACCACUGAAUCCAAUUCUGACUUCUAAAUUUGUUUAAGUAAUAUUUUAUCAUUCAUUAAAUGUAAUGAGAUGUUGGAUCCCUCCAACUUUAAAUAAAUUACUACUUUUUUUUCCCUUAAGUAUAAAUGUUUUGCAGUAAACUCUUAUGUUGAUAUAAACUCAGUAUAUUGAUACUUUCCUAACUCUAGUUGCCAUUAGUAAAGGCUCACUCAAUCAAAGUUUCCAAAUAUUACCUAUGAUAACAUUAAUAAUUAAAAUGCCACACUGCUGAAUGAUGUUAUCUCCAUGAAACCAUUAAAAAGGCUUAGCCUGCUCACAAUCUUAGUCACAAAUAGAUAGUAAUUUGUGUUUCCCUCAAAUCUAUUUUAGUUAUAAUUUAGCCCACUUUACCUUCUACUAAAGUAGCUUUGUGGUUUCUACUCCUGAAUUGUAGUGUUUCUUUUCCUGUCUUUCUAGUGGACAUAAUUAUUCUAUUUUGUUCUGAUUUGCUUUGCUUUGUUUUAUUGUUUUUUUUGUUUUUUUUUACCAGAGCAUUGCUCAGCUCUGUUUUAUGAUGGUGCAGGGGAUUGAACCUGGGACUUCAAAGCCUCAGGCAUGAGAGUCUCUUUGCAUAACCAUUAUGCUAUCUAUCCCUGCCCAAUAAUUCUUUAUUUUGGAUAUUCUUUUGGAUAGUUCAAAUUUCAGUGCUGAUAUUGAUUUCUUGAAUUUCAGAUAGAAGCACUUUAUUUCAUACUACUGAUUUAACUUAUACACUUUAAAAAAUCUGUCCUAGCAGUUUUGUAAGUAGAGGGGAAAUAGUAGAUUAAUUUGUAAGCUUAUUGUACUGGACUAAAGCUUAAAUGCUUUAAAAUGUUCUCUUGAUCAUUUGAUAUUUUAAAAAGGUAACGUGGUUGUAGAUUUGCCAUUUGCUAUAAUUUAUUUCAGUAUAGUAGCAGCUACCCUAGUGACUGUCAUGCUGGAAUCUGAGUUCCCUCACCUAACUUCCGUCAGAUUUGGCUUACUGUAAUCAUUUCGACUUUGCAUUUUUGUACAUAGAUAUUAAAGUCCUUUGUUUUGAGUUGUACUCACAAGUAAUUUGAAGAGAGCAAAGUUCUGACACUUUACAUGUCAAAGGGCAGAACUUUAGAUACUGAGAAACAGUUUAUAUUAAGCUGUUUGCAUUCCCCUGUUGUUAGAAUGUAUUUGAUUUAAAAAAUGAUACCUGUGUAGUCCAUGUUCUUACAGCAUCAGAACAUUGUAGUUGUAAUCCAUGUUGUAAUCUUUUCAGAUGAGAAAAGCUUGUCUUUUAUUUUCUACAGUGUAGGCUUAAUUUUAGGACAGAUAGUUUAUAUAAUUAUCAACAAUAUUUUUUGUAAUAGUUUUAAAGUUACUUCUACAUGGAGGUUGUUUUUAAUUUGGGAUUUUUUUUUUCUUGGAACAGGUGCUAUAUGUAAAUAUGAAGGGCAAAAAGUCACUUAGUUAAGUCUGGUUAAUUAAGAUAUAGUUUUACAUUUCUGCUACCACUUCAUAUUUAAUUGUACUUAACUAGUAGCAAAUGGAAUUACACCCAUAUAUAUUUUUUAACUUCCCCAAAAUUUCUUUCCAUAUACUUUGGGCACAUGAUUAAGAGGCAAAGGAACUUAGGGUUUGUUUAAAAUGUAAAUCUGGAUUCAGUCAAAACUGGAUCAUUGGAAAUCCCUACUAUGUAUCUGUCACUGCAACUUCACUAUAUAUUUGAACGGCCUUGUACAGCUAUUUUAAUGUCAGUAAGCUAUAGAGUCGCUGUAACCAACCCAUGCGCCAAAAAAUAUACAAGUAUUGCAAACAGGAAAGAAUGCCAAUUUUCAUUAAAACUGUUUUUAUUCUAGAAGCAAUUUAUGUCAUGUGAAAGAUUAUAUAUGUUUUGUUGGCCAUAUUUCAUUUUGAUUGAGAAAUAAUUGUUCAGGUACAAAUGUGAAAAAAAGUAGCUGUGACUUUUAGUUAUUCAAUUGCAAAAUAAAGAUGAGCUUUAGUAACUUAAA